CUGCUGACGGCGCAACAACUACAUCCGGGUAACUGUGGUGACCUUGGUUGGUUGAUCAUCAUGGCGGCUAUCGUCAGCUUGAGUUCUGUGUGUCGCAGAGGAGUCAAACCUCUGUUCUACCAAAGCACUUUGCUGGCCAGGCCACUGGUUGUACCACACAAAUACCAGGAGCAGCCCUACCUGCUGACAGCCAAGAUUCAUGCAUCACAGGCUCUGCACGCGGGCUCUGGCUCUAAAGCUGCCUCUCUGCACUGGACAGCAGAGCGAGUUUUGAGCAUCCUGCUGCUGGCCAUGGGGCCCGCAGCCUAUUUUAGCCCCAGUCCUAUGGUUGACUACUCCCUGGCUGCUGCCCUGACCCUGCACGGACACUGGGGUAUCGGGCAGGUGUUAACGGACUACGUUCACGGUGACACAAAGAUCAAGAUGACCAAUGCAGGUCUCUUCCUCCUGUCCACAGUGACCUUCGCUGGUCUUUGCUACUUCAACUACAACGACGUGGGCAUCUGCAAAGCCAUCGCCCUGCUCUGGAGCAAAUGAAUAAAACUGUGGACUGGGAAACUUGGGAGGACCUAGACACUGGGACGCGAGCGAUCUUGUCCUGGCUGAUUGUAAAAAUUCAAGUUGUUUAAUGUAAAUUCUUAUAAAUAUCAUUUUGACAAUAUUACGGUGAUUCACAAGUGUGUAAUUGUGAUGACGUCGAUCAAUUCUGGCUCGUCUGUUAAGUUCUGGCUCUGUCUAGAUACAAUAAUGAUUUUUCAACUAGCAUCCAUUUUCGAAUAUGUGGGAGAGUAGCUUGUUUGUUGUCAGUGUGGACUCUAAGCUACGUUCCACGGUAGAUCCUGAACAGCAACAUGUCCAGUUAUUUAAAGUGUCACUACCAGUUCUACAAAUAAGAGAUAUCCAAUAUACUGAAAUGUAAUUGUUAUAUUUACUGUGGACAUGCAUGUUUUCAACAAAACUGCUACAACUUCUAUCAAGUCGUACAGGAGAGUUUGAUCUAAUUUAUUUUUUAAAUGGUCCUUUUUGUGGCAGAUUUCCUAAAUGUGUUUUGUUUCUGUCACAAUGUGUACAUACCACCCCACACUUACAAAUGAAUUCAUACACGGUCCACUUUGUGCGUCUGUUGUUACUCACCAUGUCACUCAGUUUCGGUGUACUCCAAGGAGCAAAUGUUGGAAGCAACUUGAAGUCACAGGUUGUAUUAUGAAACCUCUUGCAUCGGCCUGUUUAAUCCAGGAGAUUGCUGCUCUGUCAAAGGUUCUAUGAAGUCAAGGGAGGCUACAUCUGAUCAGAAAUUCAAGCCAUCCAGUAAUAGUCAAUGUUCCUGUGCAUCAGCACAAUGGCUAAUGAAGUCUAGCAAAGUCUUGUCAGCUAACAGUGUAUAACCCACAGCAGGGUCUGAAAUCAACAGCUGCACAUUGCCGUCCUCACUCAAGACAGUAACAGUGACUAAUAUGAAUGCCUCUAACAUAUUGAGUCAUGAUGUACUUCAUGUAUGGAUUACAAAGUCCUUCUACUGUGUGAGUGAGCAAACUGCAUAUUAAAAAAAUUAAUUUUGAAAAUAGUAACAAUGUACUUUAAUUUAGACAAUUUUACAAUUCUUAUAGUUAAGUUUACAACCUCAUGGCAAAUAAAAUAAAGUCAGUUUCAGGCCCUGUUCCUGAACCAGUGAGAGCCUGUUUGAUAAAAUUGUGUCAUGUAAUCUAGGAACACUUACUCAUGGUAUACACACACAGUCCUUGCAUGCAGCUAUUAAUACCAGCAAUUGCCUGUGUACUGCUGGAACAAGUGUUAAUCGCUGUAAAAUUCUAAGUCCUGUAUUCAAUCUGUUGAUGAGAGCUUACAAGUACGGUUGAUCUGUUUGCUUCCUACAGCAAUUGUCCAUUUGUAAUAUCUGUUCAAUUCAUGUCAUUUCAGAUUAUACGCACAAAAUGAGAUGUGGCAAGGAAAAUGUGCUGUUCCUGCCUCAGCAGAAUAAAGUUGGCUUUACAGAG